AUGAAGCUUUUCACUGUCCUCUCCGUCGCGGCCGCCCUCUGCGGAUAUGCUGUCGCUGCCCCGGCCCUGCCAGGGGCAGAGACUCUCACCAAGAGAUAUAAUCAUUGCGGAAGACACCCCGACUUCGACUGGUGUGAACCCUGGAACAACAAAUACGUCGUCUGUAUCGCCGGCAAGGCUACCUUCUACACCUGCGACGGCGGAUGCCAACCCCAAUGCCCGAUCGGCGUCCCCUGCACCGCCAGAUGCGAUAACGGCAAGCUCAGCGGACCUCCAGACCCUAACAAAUGGGAGCCAGCUGUUCAUUCAACGUAA